AUGCUGAUCUCCAUGGCACAACCCGACCACGACGCCUCCUGUCUCUACCAUAUCUUGCUUCUUCUCGAGAGUGACACCACUGCGAUCCUCGCAGGCGUGUGCUUUGAGUGCUAUUUCCAGAGCAACUGCGGUCUUGUGACCUAUGUUGCCACCAACCCCAAGAUCGACACGAAAGGACAAGUGUUCGGUCGAUUCCUUGUCGACAAUGCCCUCGAGCAGCUACAACGUCAAGGUCAAUGCCGCCGCCACAUGCGAUGCCGCGCGGUAUUUCUGGAAUCCAACUCGGACCUCGUUGUCCACGAUGUCAUGGGGCCUGUCGUUCUUAAACUUUGA